ACGCCGCGGUGGUUCGGGGCCCGCGGGCCGGCUGUGCGCUCCUCGCGCCCGCAGGGGGCGCCCGCGGGCCGGGAGGCGGGGCCUCGGCCUCCCCCUCCCCUGCCAAGAUGGCGGCGGCCGCUUGCGUGCCCGUGCGGGUCUGCCACCAGGAGAUCGUCAAGUUUGACCUGGAGAUCAAGGCGGCCGUGCAGGACAUCCGGGACUGCCCGGGGCCGCUCAGCGCCCUCACGGAGCUCAACGCUGCCGUGAAGGAGAAGUUCCGCCACCUCCGCGGCCGCAUCCAGCUCGAACAGAUGGCGAAGGAGCAAGAUAAAGAGUCAGAGAAACAAGCCCUGCUGCGGGAAGUGGAAAACCACAAGAAACAAAUGCUCAGCAAUCAGGCAGCUUGGAGAAAGGCAAAUCUGGCUUGCAAAAUUGCUAUUGACAACUCUGAGAAAGAUCAGCUGCUGCAGGGAAGAGACUCCUUAAGACAAAGGAAGACCACAAAGGAAAGUCUGGCAGAGAGUGCAAGUAACAUCACAGAGAGUCUGAUGGGCAUUAGCAGGAUGAUGUCACAGCAAGUCCAGCAGAGUGAGGAGACUGUGCAAACCCUAGCCAAUUCUUCACGAACCAUCCUGGAAGCAAAUGAAGAAUUUAAAUCCAUGUCUGGGACAAUUCAGUUGGGGCGAAAGCUAAUAACGAAGUACAAUCGCAGGGAACUGACGGACAAGCUGCUAAUCUUUCUCGCCCUUGCCUUAUUCCUGGCCACGGUGCUCUAUAUCUUGAAAAAAAGACUCUUUCCGUUUUUGUAAAAUUCCAAAGCUAAACUGAACUAUUACAAAAGAUCAGAAAGAGAUGGCAUCGUAACGGUAGGGCUUUUAAAUAAAAUACUAAAGGGAUAUUGCAAUAGCUGAAAGAGCACUGGAGCAGGCAUGACUUUAUGCUGUCCCCAUAGAGCAUGUGACCUGCCUAAGAAGAGCUUAAAUGAGCACGAGUCGGGAAGAAGCAGGUAGAUCGAGGUAUGGAAAGAAGAAAUACCAAUUUGCCUGUAGGUUUUGGGAACCAGACAAACACUUGAGGAACCAGGCACUCAGAGGUGCCAAUCUUAACUUUCAACCUCUCUUCAUUUUGCCUUGACAUUAACUUUUGUCAGUGGCUUGGACUGGAAGCUGCUUUGACAUCUGUGUGUGAGGUGCUGAGAGUAAGAGGAAGGAUGGAAGACAGAAACUCAAAUACAUUCCGUUAAUAAACUAUUUAUUGUAUCCAUGUAAACUGAGUUUUGUUUAAAAACAAAAUCUAAUGGAUUGAAAGAGCCUGAAUAACUUCCAGUGUAAAAAUUCUGCUUAAUACUUAACAGCAGCGGUUGCUUAUGCAUUGUUUUUGUCUGGGAGCAUAGCACUCAUGCGGUCUGGCUCUGUUCCUCUGGCCGUGGGAGGGCUCUGACCAAAGCAAAAAUGGGAGCCCCAUUUGUUACUAUUAAUUUGCACGAUAUAUUUGAGAAUUACGUUGCCAGUCUGUUGAAAUCAAAAGCCUUUUUGUGCCUUUUCUUUAUAAAAUUCCACUUAAUACUUUAUAUUUGCAAAAUAUUGUCAAGUUGUACAUUCAAAAGUUUUUCUUGCUCAUACUGUUGAUCUUUGCUCAGUUAGUAAAAUCUUUCAUAAUUACUAC